AGCAGCAGCAGCAGCAGCACCGGGCGUGUGAUGAGCUGGCAGGAUGAGGGAGCUUAAGAUAAUGAGUUUGCAAGCGGCAUGACCGUGGAGAGUGAGGUGCAGCCGUGGCCACAUUUCUGGGAACUGCCUGAGCUGCUUAAGGGGAGUUCAGGGACGGGGAUUCGGGAGCAGCAAAGCGAGGAGGAGGCGGCGGUGGCAGUGGAGGAAGCGCACCCCACACAGACCGUGGGUCAGCCCCCCCCAACCCCGCAAGGGGCCCCCCCUGCUUGCCAGAUGCAGACCUCCCUGAGAAAGGUCCCCGGCCGCCAAGGCCCUCCCAGUCGGGAAACUGCUUCCCACUCCACUGUGAAGGGCUCCACUGGAGGGACCCCCUGCAAGCAGGCUGGCAGGAAGGCAGUCAAGAGCGGCAAGGAGAGGGCUCAGUUUCUCCCCUGCAAGGGGGAGCCUGAAGGGGCAGAGGCGGCGCUCAGCCUGGCAGCCGGAGGGGUGGAGGUUUGCGCUGCUCAGGCCAGGCCAGGCCAGGCGGGCAAGGCCUCUGGGAACAGCAGGAGCCUCUUGCCACAAAUGGCAUCGGGCCACCCGGAGGAGGAGAGGCUUGUCGUCUCUUGGGUUCAAGCACAGAGUGCCUGGAGGGGCUCCAACCGCCGCAGAAGGAAGAGGGGGAUCUGGAGCCGCAGGCAGGAGCUUGAAGGAAAAGCCGUCCCCCCCCCCCUCCAAGAGGGCGGCUGGGCUUCUUCUGUCCUCCUCCUGCACAGUCCAGACAGAGGGACGGGCACAGGCGCACUCCGCAGCCCGGACCCCAUGGUGCCCAGGCUGCCUCUCCAACCAACCCACCCACCCUCCCCGGCGGGGAAGGUGGAGGCCCCCUGCUGCUCAGGAGAGCAUCUGGCCCACCCCACGGGAGUGGGAUGGGGCAAGGGUCAACAGCUCCCUCCCUUGUCCUUGCCAAGAGAGGGGCAGCCUCUCCCCCUGCCCGGGCCCCCUCCACACCUAGUGGCUCACAGGGCACAGCUGUCUGUUCACAUCAGCAGCGGUUUCUGGCCAGAUGGCAAAGCCGUCCCCGCCAGGCCCCUGUAGAGGGACGGAGCCUAGACCUCGGUCUUCUGUAAAGAAGCCCCAGUACGGGAAGUUGCAUGAAUAUGCCCAAACCCUUGUGUUAUACAUGAAUUGCAGUGAUAUUCCUAAAACCUCUGCAUUAUUGUAAAUAGGAUUUCUGUGUUUGCAAAUCCCUAUGCAUGGGGGGAAAAAAAGAAGUUCAGGCCUGCUGUUUUUUAGUUUCACAUUUAGAAUUUCAGUUUGGCGGUUAAAUUUUGGAGGGAAGAGAAAUUUUGAAAAAAUGGAGGGAACUUUGAGUUGCACUAACUGGAUUGUUUGGAAAACUUUUGGGGCAAAAAUGUGUCUAUAUAGGGGGCUGCUUCAGCAGUGGGACUCGGAGAAGCCUGGAAGAGGUCAGGAGGGCUGUGCAGCUGGAGAUCAGGAGUCAGAAAGCUGAAGGAGCUGAGGCCAGUCCAAGCUGAGAGAAUCAGAGCUGUGGCUGCAGCAGGAGCUGAGAUCACAGAAGAACCAGGCUGGAUUGAACCCCAGGCCUGUAUUGCGACCAGGACAAGAGAAAGAACAAGCCAGAGUUGCUAAAGCUCUACAAACUGAACACAAAAUUGAUGGCACAUAGAGACACACACAAAGAAUUCUGGAGAUACUAGAGACUAGUUUCUGGUUAAAAACUCACAAACAAAGAAAAACUGAAACACGCCUUCAGAAAACGGCAAGGAUUUCCAUCAAUACAAGCACUGAGU